UUUUAAAGAUUGCAUUCACUAAAUACGUUCUUUCAAAAGGCUCACUAUUUGGGAACUUUUUUCCAAAAACCACCAACCCUUGGAAAUGCUCCUUUUCCUGAUGGUUGCUUACGUUUUCCAACUGAGUUCAAUUUGAUGGCUAGAUAAAUUCAGUAGUUAAACUACUCUUUUAGUGGUCUACGUUUCUGAUGGUGUUUCUGGCAUUGCAGUCAAAUCGUUGUUAGUUAAAUUUUCACUUUUUUCGAGUCCUUUGGCGAUGAUUUUCAGUCCGUGCAUUAUUUACCAAGAACUUGUGUUCUUGUUUAGUUCAGCUGGCAAUUAGCUGAAGUUGGGUUUUUGGGCUGCCUGGAUCUUGAUUCUUCCCAAAACUGCCAUCUUUGCUUUUUUGACUUGUAAUUCAGUUCACAUUUUACUUGUCUCUUCUAGCAGCUUUCUGCUUUAGGAUUUUGAACUUUUCUGGCCAACCAAAUUCCUGAAUGUAUUAUUAAUCCUUCCUUUUCAUUUUUCCCUUGGCCUUUGGAAAAAAUCGAAAUUUCGUUCUUCAUAUAUUUGCUUUCGAUUCAUAUUCCUGAAUUUCAAUAGAGUUUCAAGUACUUGUUGAUGAAGACGUAGUCAUGGGAAAGUGGGAAUUUCUGUCUAUCAAAGUGGCUUUUUCCUUUUCUAGUCUGUUGUUGCUGCUUGAAACAUGUAUGGCCCGUAUUCCGAAUGUAGGCAGGCUGAAUCUGGGAUUUCAGGGGACGCUAUUGAACUGGCUAGACUAUGGGGGGCUGUUUCUUCUUUCCAACAAUUCCGCUUUCGCAUUGGGUUUCCGACCCAGUCAAGAUGUCAAUAAAUUUCAACUUGUGGUUCUUCACAAGGGCAGCUCAACAAUCAUUUGGUCUGCUAAUAGAAACAAUCUGAUUCAAAGUUCAGAUUUCUUCACAUUCGCUAGAAAUGGGAAUGCUUACUUGCAACGUGGUGGAUCCACCAUUUGGUCCACAGAUACUGCUAACAAAGGAGUUGUAGCAAUGGAAUUGCUGGAUUCAGGGAAUUUGGUACUUGUUGGCAAUGAUAGCAGCAUAAUAUGGCAGAGCUUUGGCCAUCCCACUGAUACCCUUGCGUCGAAUCAGGAGUUCACUGAAGGAAUGAAACUGGUAAGCAAUCCCAACUCCAAUAAUUUGAGCUACUCUCUUGAGAUGAAGUCUGGAGAUAUGAUUCUAUCAGCAAAUUAUCAGCCCCCACAGCCUUAUUGGGCCAUGGGAAUGGAUACCAGAAGAAUCAUUGACGCAGAUGGAGGGAAUGUUGUAUCUGCAACUCUUGAUGGCAAUUCUUGGAAGUUUUAUAAUCAAGAUAAAGUGUUACUUUGGCUUUUUGUUUUCUCUCAUAAUCAUGAUGAAAAUACCAUAUGGGUGGCAGCUUUGGGAAAUGAUGGUUUCAUCACUUUCAGCCUUCUUCCAGCUGAUGGUAACUUCAGUGCCUCCUCGAUACACAUACCACAAGAUCUGUGUAGUAGACCUGCAGCAUGUGAUCCGUAUUUUGUUUGUGAGACAGGAAGCAGUUGCCUGUGCCCUUCGGCCCUUCACUCUUGCACGAAAAGUAGUUUCUCCUUCUGCGAUAGGUCACAGGACUCUGUGGAGCUUGUUGAUGCAGGGGACACUCUUAGUUACUCUGCUCUUGAUAUUAUUCCACCCUCUUCUAAAACAGAUUUAAAUGGCUGCAAAGCCUCUUGCCAAGGAAACUGCUCUUGUUCUGUCAUGUUCUUUCACCAUUCAGGAAACUGUUUUUUGUUUGAUCAGAUAGGAAGUUUGCAGCACUCCAAAAAUGGUACUCAAUAUGCUUCUUAUAUCAAAGUCUUGACCAAUGCAAGCGGUGGGGCAAAUCAAGGAGGUGGUGGAAUUAACAAAACACGCUAUGUGAUUGUCAUCGUGGUCAUUAUCUCCGCAUUGCUCGCCAUUUUUGGUCUCCUUUAUGCAGGAUAUCAGCACCACCAGAAGAAAAACGAGGAAUUGCCCGAAUCCCCUGAAGAGUCUUCGGAGGAGCAAAUUUUUUUGGAGAAUUUAUUGGGACUCCCAGUUCGUUUUAGCUACAAUGAUCUUCAGAUUGCAACUAACAACUUCAACAAGAAGCUUGGUCAAGGUGGUUUUGGUUCAGUUUACCAGGGGAUUCUCCCUGAUGGAACUAGAUUGGCUGUGAAGAAAUUGGAAGGCAUUGGUCAAGGGAAGAAAGAAUUUCGAGCAGAAGUUAGCAUUAUUGGGAGCAUUCAUCAUCUUCAUUUGGUCAGGCUUAAAGGCUUCUGUGCUGAAGGAAAUGACCGUCUUCUUGUGUACGAGUACAUGGGAAAUGGAUCUCUUGAUAGAUGGCUUUUCCGGAAAAACAGAGGGGAAUUCAUGUUGGAUUGGGAAACUAGAUACCGCAUUGCACUAGGAACAGCUAAAGGUCUGGCUUAUCUCCAUGAAGAUUGUGAUGUGAAGAUAGUUCACUGUGACAUAAAGCCUGAGAAUGUACUUCUUGAUGACCACUUUGUCGCAAAAGUCUCAGAUUUUGGUCUUGCUAAGCUUAUGACUCGAGAGGAGAGUAAUGUUUUCACCACAUUAAGGGGAACAAGGGGGUAUCUUGCACCAGAAUGGAUCACAAACCGUGCCAUAUCAGAGAAGAGCGAUGUUUACAGUUAUGGCCUAGUGCUGCUUGAGAUAAUUGGUGGUAGAAAAGCCUUUGAUCGCUCAGAGCCGUCAGAGAAAUCCCAUUUUCCUACUUAUGCUUUUAAAAUGAUGGAAGAAGGAAAACUGAAGGACAUCAUUGAUGGAAGUUUAAAGAUAGAUGAAAAGGACGACAGAGUUUCUACAGCAAUUAAAGUUGCUUUCUGGUGCAUACAGGAUAAAAUGUUCCUAAGACCAUCAAUGACCAAGGUAGUUCAGAUGCUGGAAGGAAUCUGCCCUGUCCCUCCGCCACCGCGCUGUUCGCAGCUAGGGUCACAACGUUAUGCAGUUUUCUUCCGGUCAAUGAGCAAUGAGGGCGCUGGCGCCUCACCGGGGCCUCGAAUGAGCAAAAAUGAUGCUCAUCUUUUGGCUACAAGUCUUUCAGGGCCAAGAUAGCAACCACAGAAGCUGAAGCAAUUUCAUUAAAAUUGAGAGCACUAGUGGAGAAGCCUUCAUAUGUACACCAUUUUCAUGCUUUUCUUCCUCGUACAUUCAUUAGGUUUUGUUCAUAUUUGGAAGGUAGACAUUUUGGUAUUCUAGCAUUCAGUAAAAUUGAUAUGCUGUGUGCACAUCUUGCCCUGCAGAUCUACCAAACCUAUCUUGAAGAAUGUAUACAUGAUUGGAUUAGCAAAAA